AUGUGCCCUCCACUCCGCGUCGCCGUCAAUUUCCUCGACGUGCUCAGCGCUGCCCCCAUUCAUGCCCAUCGUUUACGGCCGUCUCUCUUGGUAACCCGUGGUGGUCGUCGCCGCUCUGCGGCUGCCCGUUCUGCGUCCACUGCCACCACAUCUUCCGGACAGUCUACGCCGCCCUCGCCAACAUCGCUCACGGAGUCUCCGACCAACCUCGACCCUUCUGCUGCACCGGAGCCUUCUGCGCCACGUCCAAACACGUUACCCACUCAGAUCCAGAUAGAGCAACAACGAUUGCGCUCGCGGGGCGGGCAGAAUCUCACAGCGCGAUGGAAGCGACUAGAACGCUCUCUGCGAGGGAAGGGCGGGUACGAGGCACGCAGGGACACUUUGAUUGAGCAAGCGGACCAUGCCUCUGCUGACGCGGAGAUGAGCACAUUAUCCACGAAUGCACCGCGGACUCGGACGUUCUAUGGUCUGGCGUUGCCCGAGAGGCCCAAGGAACCCCAGUCAGACGAAUGCUGUAUGUCCGGUUGUGCUGUCUGCGUAUACGACUUGUACGCUGCUGCCCUCGAGGAUUAUAAACAUGCAUUGGACGCCCUUCAUUCCGCAUUGCAAGCACGCGGAGUGCCAGAGCGCGAAUGGCCGGUUGAGGUUGCAAGGAAGGACGUCGCGGAGGAGAAGACACCCAAGUCAUCCCAUAAUGUCGCUCUCAGCGCCUUCGAGGAGCUUGAGCGAUCUCUGCGCGCGAAGAGGGAGCGUGAAGCAGCAGAGAGUCCCGAUGUGUCCGAUGGUGUUCGACGCGAACGUAGGAAGCGGAGACGGACAUUGCCUACCGCUGCUGCACUAUAUGAAGGGCUGCGAUGGAUCGUAUUCAGUCAACGAUAG